AGUCUCAGUCGUGUGAAAAAGAACAUGGCGGAGAAAGACGAAUCUGCUGCUGCUGAUGGUUCUGCUGCGGUGCGGCUGGUUCUGUUGGGUCCGACGGGUUCUGGCAGGAGUUCUGCUGGAAACACUAUUCUGGGUCGAGCCGCGUUCUGUACUGAUGUCUCACCCGUGUCCGUCACCAAUCGCUGCCAGAGAGCAGGGGGUUGUGUGGAGGGGUGGAGCCUGGAGGUGAUUGACACACCUGGAUUUUUCCACACCUGUCUGACGCCCGACGAGACCCGUACGGAGCUGCGCAGGUGUGUGGAUCUGUCAGAACCCGGGCCGCACGUGUUUCUGCUGGUUUUACGUCCCUGCAGGCAAACCCGCGAGCAGAACGCCGCUCUCGACUGCUUCAGCGCCACGUUCGGUCCGCAGGCGUUCCGGUACACCAUCGCCCUCAUCACCUGCGGCGACACGCUCAACACUAAACCUGUCGAGGACUUCCUGAAGGAGAGUGAAGAAUUGUGGGCACUUGUGAGCAGGUGUGCGGGCGGCUAUCACGUGUUUGAUAACACUAAAGGUCACGAGGAGAGGUCACAGGUCACGACUCUGCUGAGUAAGGCCGAUCUAUUGAUUCAGCGUAAUGCGGGUGCGCAUUACACCUGCGACAUGUUCCUGCAGGCUGUGGCGACCGCACGACACGUUCAACAGAGGAUUCUGGGAGAAGGAGCGGAGGAGUUUCAGAGGUCAGAGGAGGUGGGGCAGAGGAGACAGGAGGAGGAGGAUGGACGAAAGAGGGCGGAGAGUCUGUUCUGGUAUGAGUUCGUAACGGCAAUGGGUCGCGGUGCGGUGGAGGCUUCCGGAGUGCUGGAGAAAGGGAAGGGCAAAGGGAAGAAGGUUAAAGCGGUUCAGAGGGCGGCGGCCAUCGCAUCCACACCGCUGUCAAUCACAACUGCUGCUAAAGUGAUGGGCGGAGCCAUGAGAGAGGGCACGAAAGUACUUUACAAACACAAGAAGACAUUACUACACAAACAAAAUGAUAAUAAAUGACAGAAUUUUUCGUGUUUAGGCGAACUAUUCCUUUAAGCAAAGCAAAUAAUAAGCAAGAAAAAAAGUUUACGUAACAUCUACAUCGGAAAUCAACACAAUUCUGCCAGAUGAACUGCACAUGUAGUAGGUGAAUCUCAUGAAAACUGUCAGAUUUCACCAUAAAAUCAAAAUAAUUUAUAUUUUGUGACAUUAUUUUCAUGACAAUUAUUUUACCUCUAAAUUUAAUGUGUAAUUUGAAAAAAAAGACAUUUUAGUUUAGUUCUAAAGUACAAUUAUAAGUUGACAUCUUUGUAGUAUUUGUUGCACUUAAUAAUUAAUUUGAAUUAAAUGUGCUGUAAGCAAUUUAUUUUAAAAGGUAUGCAAAAAAUGUACCUACUCCCUGAAAGAUAUUAAUGAAAUAAGUGUCGUGACUCUGUAAACAACAAACAAAAACAAUGACUAUUUCAGCCUGUCAAUCAUUUUGCGUGUUCACAUAGUAUUGUAGUUGCAGUGAAUUAUUGAGGCUUAAUGCCAUUUUUAUGCCAUGUUGUUCAUAACAGUUGUCAGAUGAGGGUGCUGUUUAGCUGCUGUUGUUUUUAACAACCGUUUCUGCUCAUGUCAGUCUCAAUAAAGCUCAUUGGUUAUCUUUGGAGGGCGGGGUUUAGGAAAGAGGGGGCGUGGCUAAUUCAAUGGCUCAGUCUCAUGGAAGUAGAAUGGAUAAAAUUGCUUACAGCACCUUUAAAAAAAAAACGAGAAUGAGAUAUUUUUGAAAAUGUAAAAAAAAAAAAUUAUAGGAAAUAUUGGAUUUUCAUGAAAAUAAUGUCAGUGGGGGAAAAAAAUCUCGUUUUGUAAAAAAAAAAAAGUAUUACUAUUUUUGUUCAUUUUGGGUGAAAUGCGGCCUGUUCUUCAUGAGAUUAACCUUAUAACUGUAGAAAAUGUAGCAUUGCUUUAAACAUAUCUGUUCAGUUGCACCAAGUACAGUAAAUGCACUACUGUGAAAGUGGGUGAAUCUCAUGAAAACUGUGAAAUAAUGUCAUAUUUUGCCCCAAAUCAAAUAUUUAAUAUAUAUUUUAAAUGAUAAAUAUUUAAAUUAGAUUUUAAUAUUUUUUUAUUUUGCAUCAUAUCAUUUUCAUAACAAUUAUAUUUCAUGAUAGUUAUUUAACCAAAAUUCUCAUUUCUGUAUAGCAAAAAUAAUAAAAUAAAAAUAAUUUUAAAUUACAAUUAUAAGUAUACAUCCUGCCAGUAUUUGUUGUUCUGAAUUUAAAAAAUUAAAAAAUACUAAAAAUAAUGUCACAAUGCAAAACAUCUCAAUUAUCCUAAACAUUAUUUUCAUUUUCUUUAUGCAAAAUAUAAAUGUAUUUUUUCUUUUCAUUUAGGGGCGAAAUAUGGCUAAUGCUUCAUGAAGACAAAAUGCUUGAAUUAUAUCGGUUUAAACAUUAUGUUUGUGUUUGAAUUCAUACACUCAAAAUAAAAACCUCAACAAAAUCUCCCUGACAUUCUCAAUGGUG